CCGCCAUGGGGAUUCUGGUGUCAUCGCCGGAGCAUCUCCGUCUCUCGUCUCUCGUCUCUCGUCUCUCGUCUCGUAGGGUUUCCGAAUCAGGAGCAACCAAGGAAGGCGCAUGGCUUGGUGUGAAGGAUUGGUGGCUCCCCGUCUCCUCAUCUCCCCCUUGCCUUCUAUUUCAAAUCAAAGGGGACAUGCAAAUCUAGAAGGAAAUAUAUUAGCUCUUCGUCAUCCACAAUCAGGUAAACCAACAAAUUAUAUCCUCAAUGAAGGUUCUCUUCAUGAAUUGCACUGGUUCAAGCAGUCUUAUGGCUCAUGGUUUCUUGGAGACUAUGUUUGUGAAGAUGGCAGCUUGUAUGUCAGCACCCCAGUUGACCCUGUAUUUGUACUUUUGCCAAUCUUUGAGGAAGCUCGUAUGAAGAAAGAAAACGAUCAAGGAAUGUACAGGCAAUUAGACGAAAUAUUAUAUGUGGAAGGUUAUCCUGGCUAUCAACACCUGUUAUCCAUGACAAAAGAUACCAUGAAGAUAGUUUGUGAAGUAAAAGAAAUUGGAUCUUUGCAGUACUUCAGACUUGAUAAUUCUAAGGUUCUAACCUGGUUGUGCUGCAAGGUACAAAAUUUAAAAUCAACAUUUUUGAAAUUGGAUAAAAAUUAUGCUGCUCAAGAAGAAAGGGAAACAUUGAAGGAUGCCGUCUCAAUCUUAGGGGAAUACGUGACAGAUAAGCCUUGGUUGACCCUUCUUUGCAAUCACUUGCAGUUGGAGAUAGGAGAAACACACAAGGAAGGAAUACAAGCUGAGACAAGCCAGAAUUUACCAGAAAGCAAUUUAGCAUCCUCUCAUGCUUUUCAGAGUACGGUGGUGAAUGGGAGGAGCAUGGUGAGUGCCAAAAGACAACCAAAGAAAAUGAAGACAGAAACAAAUUCAAAGAACAUCAGAGAUAUGUUUCAGAAGGCCACAAGAAAGGGGACAUCUUGAACCUAAGGAUUUAUCAACAUGCCUUCCUCACAGAACAUCAAAAUGGUUUCAGCUUCCAUCAUCUCACAGCGUUCAUUAGGUGGAUUGUAAUGGCAUAAACCCUAAACCCUAGACAAACCAGCUGAACUUUCACCAUCUUAAUCAUGUGAAGGAUCCUGAAAGCCUGCCAUGCUACUCGGCUUAAUAAAUUCUGCAAGUCUUUUGUUUCCAUCUUUAAUUAUGAGGUUUGUACGAUCUUACUGUGCCAUCUAAUCUCCAUUAAUUAUAUAGUUAUCAUCAUCAUCAUAAUUUAUGUCAA